AUGCUCAGUCACUUGAUUAUUUCUUUCGGUUAUAUCAGUCAGGAGUAUAAAAUCACCAACAUGGAUGGUGUAUCUCCUGAUCUGUAUAAAAUUGUUGGCGAUCUCAAGCAGCGGAAUCCUAAGCUCAAGAUUAUGAUUGCUCUCGGAGGAUGGACUUUCAAUGAUCCCGGAGCUUGGCAAAGUGUUUUCCCAACCAUGGUAUCUAAUCAAGCAAAUAGAAAAACAUUCAUCGAUAAUCUUCUUGGAUUCCUCUCUGAAUAUGGCUAUGAUGGGGUCGAUUUCGACUGGGAGUAUCCUGGGGCUGAUGACCGAGGUGGCUCUGAUUCCGAUGGAGCAAACUACGCACAACUUCUUAAAGAACUCAAGGAGGUAAUUGCCGCUAGUGGCCGCGACUAUCUUGUCACCUUCACAUCUCCAACCUCCUACUGGUAUCUUCGCCAUUUUGAUCUCAAGGCAAUGGCUGAUAAUGUUGACUGGAUCAAUUUAAUGGCAUACGACCUUCAUGGUGUAUGGGAUGGAGAAAAUCCAAUUGGUAAUCACAUCCUUGCUCACACUAAUCUGACUGGUAUUGAUGAAGCCCUUAAUCUUUUCUGGCGAGUGGACGUCGAGCCUUCUCGUAUUGCCCUUGGCUUAGGGUUCUAUGGUCGAACAUUUAAGCUCAAAGACGCUUCAUGUUGGAAACCAGGGUGUGAAUUCAGCGACCCUGGUGCUAAAGGCCCUUGCACUUCUACGAAGGGAAUUCUGUCAUACAGAGAGAUCUCGCAAAUCCGAAAAGAUACCGGAGGCACUGCAUACCUUGACAAGGAGGCCGCAGUCAGGUAUAUGGUAUAUGAUGAUGAUAGUUGGGUCGCCUUUGAUGACGAGACUACGUUCGAAAUGAAGAUCAAAUAUGCCAAUAAAAUGGGACUUUCUGGUCUAAUGAUCUGGGCGAUCGAUCUUGAUGACAAUCGUCUCAGCGCCCUUCGAGCUGUAUGGUGGGGAAAUACAUCGUCCCUGUGCAGCGAUUGGAGUGUCGGGGCAUUGCAAGAUGCUGACAAGGAAAUCAUCUCACCGACGAAAGUUCAACGAGCGAUGUACCAGACCGAGCAUGUCUUCGAAGGCCAGCUUAUUGGCGAUUUUUUCACCAAUUGGCUUGACAAAGGUAAAAUUGAGCAUCAACUUCCAAUGCCACGGAAACCGCAACCCAAGUUGUCAUGCGCGAGUUCUAUGCAACAUGUUUGGGAUGAUAAGCGCUGGCCCGUUCUAAAUUCCCGAGGGAAGCGUCCGAAGGAAUCAUUUUUCAAGGCUCUUCUGUCAGAGCUUGGCAGCAAUGGCCACCUUGACAGGCUGACAAUAUUCAAAGCAAGAGCCAACGGAAUGAAAGGCGCUAUGUUUGGAGGAAAGCAAGCUGUCGAUUUGGUAGGAACAUGGGGACAGAAAUCGGCAGAUGAACAGCUUCAAACAACCAAGACAAUGGGCAUGGUCUUUGAAUACAUGAACCACCCAGACGUAUGGGAAAAGUUCUGUGACACAUACGAGGCCAUUUAUAAUCGUCUGGGUGAAUUUGAUGAUUACCACGAACAACAAAAGACUGGUCUUCCCACUUUGCAGGAUGAAUGGCCCAAAUUCAUUAAUGUCGUUCUGUCCUCCAUGGCCACUCGAGAACCGAGGAACAAGUUCUACAACAUCAUUUGGGGAAUUAAUGUUCUCAAAAAUCACGCCAAGAUCACUUUGCCUGGAAAGUGUCCUCACCUGCCCCGGUCCUAG